AUGGUCAAAUCGUUAGGCAUCAACGCACUGAAGUCAGAUGUUUACCUCUGUGAACAACGGAUCUCAAUGACCACACAUUUCCUGGAUACUGUAACCGUCACGUUACGAUUUGUUGUGCAUCCAGGCCCCGAUCAAAAUGAGCGCUUGAGAAAUACAGCGACAAUCAACUGUAUCCGACUGUCCAGCAAUUCCACUUCUGAUCACUAUUUAUGGUGGAAUCCGGAAUUGGGAAUGAAGGAAAUGGUCAAUCAUGUCAAUGAUAUAUUUGGGUGUGUCAACACUUGCGAAGUACAGUUUCGGGAUAGGGAAGAAGAAUACGAUACGAAAAUUCUACGAGAUACACUACCGGAAGGUACUGGGCUCUUCAUUAGUCGACUCUGCUCAAGUGCAUUCACUCAGAAAAUAUUGGAGCAUUUCUUAUCGUCUUCUAGAAGAGUCACACUUCAAUGUGAAUCUCUAACCGAUAUUCAACACGUGGCAAUUCAAAAUUUGGAUAUACUACGCUUAAGAUCACAACAGAUUCCGAUGACACUGGAUGAUUUUCUGAUGUGUAAUGCUUCUUAUAUCUGCACAGGACGCCAGACACUCUCAUCUAAAGAUAUCAAUCGAUUCCUUAAGCACUGGAUUACCGGAUCCAAUUCCAGACUCAAAUAUAUCAAUUUUGGAAUGGAAAACCCUGAUGUGACCUUGAUUCUGAAAAACAUACCGUAUCAAUCUGUGCCGGAAGAAGUCGAGAGAACACUAGACUGGAAUAUCACUACAUACAGUUGGCGAAGCACGUACCGGUAUUUUCACCAGACAAUGACUGGAGGAUGGGAUAUUCGGAAUAAGGAUGGGACUAAUGCUACAGUAACUGCAGUUCAGAGGAAUGUGGAGCUUGUUGUGUGGGAUUAA